GUAACCCACCAAAACCUCAUUAUAAUCAAAAUCCAUGCCUUCCUACUGAUCUUCUUCUCCUUUCUAUCGUUCCUCUCUUCUGCGCUCUUCUUAUUUAUUAUUCACUCUCCUCUUUCUCUCUUCUCCAAAAAGAUGUCCAAGUUUCCCCUUGACGUUUUAACCGGCACCUUUUAUCGCUUACCCGUAAAAACCCUUCUACGUUUCCGGGCACUUUCCAAACCCCUUUGUUCCCUCAUAGACGAUCCAGAUUUCAUAAAACAUCAUCUCAAACAUUCCCUUUCCACGAAAUCCCAUCUCAUCCUGAUCCUCAAAGGUUUACAUCUUUACACUGUGGACCUUGAUUCAAUGGAUAAGGCUACCCCUUUUGAUGACUACCCAGAGAGUAUCUGGGGUGGGACUGAAGUUUUUGGUUCAUGCAAUGGCUUGGUUGCCUUGUCAAAUUCUGACCUGGAUAUUGUCUUGUUUAAUCCCGCGACGAGAAAGUUGUUUAAGUUACCGGUUGAGUGUAUUGAGCUCCCAAAUGAGUCUUGCGUUCGAGGUUUUGUGUUUUUUGGAUUUGGUUAUGAUCAUGUUAAGGAUGACUAUAAAGUGGUUAGAAUGGUGCGGUUUAAACAAGGUGAGGAUGAUGAUAUUGGAUGGUUUAUUGAUUAUGAAGUUAAGGUUUUUAGUUUGAAAACUAAUUCUUGGAGACGGAUCAAAAAAUUGCCUAAUUAUCUUCGCUUUAUGUUUCAGUUUUAUUUCCAUCUUAUGCAUAGAAGAGGAUAUGGUGUGUAUGCUUGUGGGGUUUUACAUUGGAUGCUGCCACGCAAGCCUGAGUUGGGUAUUGUUAAUUUGAUAGUUGGCUUUGAUCUUGUGGCUGAAGAGUUUAGGGUGUUGCCUCAGCCUGAUUACGGUGAAAAUGAAAAAGAUUUUGUGUUGGAUGUUGGGGUUUUGGAGGGGCUAUUGUGUGUGAUCUGUAAUUAUGAUCAAGUUAAGGUUGAUGUAUGGAUGAUGAAAGAAUACGGGGUGAAGGAAUCAUGGAGUAAGUUGUUUUCGGUUGGAAGGAAUAGAUCAAUUUCUUCCGUAAGGUUCUUGAAGCCUUUAGCUUAUUCCAAAGAAUGUGGCGAUGGUGAUGGUAGUGAUAAGAUUCUCUUGGAUGUGAAUGGUGAAAAGCUUGUUUGGUAUGACUGGAAAAGGAAGAGACUUAAGACGGUUAGGAUUAAAGGUGCCCCGGAUUCAUUUGGGACAUUCUUGUGUGUGGAAAGCCUUGUUCCACUCGUUGAUGAGAAGAAGAAAAAGCAGCAGAAGCAAGAGAAAGAGAGGAAUCAUAUUAGGAAGAAGAGGGAUGAUUUCCUGUCAAAAGGAUUUAAGUUGGUUUUAUAAUCAAUAAAAAAUAUGGUGCAGAACAGGCUCAAGUGAAAAGAGCUCUUCAUGCUUUGUAGGUGACUCAAGUCACAGAAGAUCUUAACCAACAAACAUGUGGUUUGAAAUUGGUCUUGAGGUCAGAUUAUCGUUAGCAAUGCAUAUGGAUUAUCUAGUAGUAGCAGGGAAUUCGCUCGGGUGUUCCAGGGAGAGUAAUUGUAGUAAAGUAAACCUAAGAGUUGUUGCAGUUAAUCAGUAUCCAAAUCUUGAUACCAUUCGGUGAUGGUUUUUUUGUAUCAUUUGCAUCUCUUGAUUGCUUAGUCAUCUCUUAUGAGUGUUUCGGCAUAAUGGAGGAAUAUGUAAUCAUUCAUUGUGCUGGCCCUCUGAAGGAGCUUAAAAUAUUGUGUUUGGUUAGUAUGAAAAUGUGUGCAAGCCAACCUAUGUCUUGCUUGGAAUAAGAUAUAGGUUGAAGUUUCAAUUAAUUUCACGAGAGGAUCUUGUAGAGUA